AUGACCCACCGCCUGUACGCUGUCCUCUUCAUCUUUAGUGUGUGGCACCCUGUCUCCGCUACAGUUCACCAUAGCGAAUCAUUGGCGCGUUGGUUUCUUUCUUUCGUCCGCUUCUGGCCCCAAAGCCUCGGUGUCAACCCGAACGCCUCCCAACCCACGCCAAGCAUUCUUCACAAGAGAAAAGGCCGCCGUCGCAUCGAAACGCAAGUCUCUACGCCCCUACACUUGUCACAGAUUCUUCACCACCGUCGCGAUGCCGCUUUGGCUCCGUGGGACUCACCAGCUCUGACGACUUGA